AUGGCAGGAUUGCCAGAUGUCCCGGGGCCCAAGUUGAUGCCAUUUAUUCCAAAUGGCACGCCCUUCGAACUUGAAUUUAUCAAACUACUUGGUAGUGGCGAGCACGGGCAUGUCUGGAAAGUGUCGAUUAAUGGCGAUAUAUAUGCUUUGAAAAUGUUUCGAUUCGACGACCGAUUCACCCCUACGCGCUGGUGGGAGGUUGUCCUACCCAAGGAGGAUCAGCGACUGUGGCAAUUUGCCUUCAAUUGCGAAUGCCGUGCCUAUGCCCGACUUAAAGAGGUCAAGAAAGAAUUCAUAGCCGUUCCAUGUUACGGUUAUCUGAUUUUGGGAGAAGAACAUCAAAAGGCACUUCGGAAGAAAGACAAACUCAACUGGAAGGAAGAUUGGGGCCAUUCGAAAAAGGACCGAGGCCAACCACUACAAGCUUUGGUGAAAAAGUUCAUCGAAUGGCAACCCGUCAGAAAUGACGAUUUUGAGGAGGGGUUCAACCGUAGGAGAAUCAGGCUGGCAAUCGACUCAGCUGCAACAGCCAGGAAGCUGAUCGAAAACAUGAAGAUUCUUCACCGAGCAGGAAUAUUGUGUAACGAUGUCAACAAUUCGAAUGUUCUCAACGGUCAAUUCCUCGAGUUCAGCUCAGCCUUUACAGCUCCACACCCAUGCCUGUCAACGAAGCAAAUUGAAGCCCGGAAAUGUCCUUUUGAUUCGUUGGGAUAUUGGGAUGCAUCCGCCGUGGAUGAAAUGAUAGAAGAUUACAACAAUGUCCACACCCCAAGUGAAUACAUUUGGGAUCGUGCUACGCCAAACGAAAAGUACCAGGCAAAGCUGCGUUCUCAUCAACAUCCUCCAGGCUGGAAAGAAGGGCCAUGGAAUUGGAAUCGAGGGUACAGAUUUCGCCCGGACAAAUUUCGAUGGGAAAACAUCGGAAAGACUAAAGAGGAAGACCCAGUAAAGACGCAAGAGUCAAGUUCAAAACAAGAAAAGCACAAGAAAAAGGGCAAGCGGAAAGCCAAGAGCAAAGGUUGA